AUGGAGGGCACUUCGCCUGUUGUCAUACCGGUGACUCCUCAGGGGAAUGUUCUGCCAUCAGUCGUGUCAUUCGCGGAAGAGGACGAGGUGGUAGUUGGGUGGACCGCCAAAAGGCGGGCAACUUCAUGUCCCAAGGACACAUUUGCGUCGGUCAAGCGCUUGAUUGGGAGGAGGCUUGACGAGGCAAAGGACCAGGCUAAAAUGGUGCCUUACAGAGUGGGCAGGGAUGAAGAGGGCAACGUGCAGCUCUUAUGUGAUUUUGUGGAAGGCGGUGUCCUCUACCCUGAAGAGGUGUCAGCCUACGUUCUGGCCGAGCUUCUGUCAGCUGCAGAAGCUAUCACAGAGACCUCGAUCAAGAAGGCUGUGAUAUCGGUCCCCGCUUAUUUUGGGGAGGAGCAGCGAGAGGCGACCAUCCAGGCAGGUCGCCUUGCCGGACUCGACACAGUCAAACUUAUCAGGGAGCCUGUCGCUGCAGCGCUGGCAUAUGGAAUCAAGGCCGUGGAGGAUGAAGUGAUACUUGUGCUUGAUCUUGGCGGUGGCACCUUUGAUGUGUCCAUUCUGGAGGUUGGGGGCGGCACCAUCGAAGUCCUGUCCACUGGCGGCGAUGCUCUUCUGGGUAUGCCCCCUUCCUUAUGGUGGGCAGUCGCCACUCAACCUACCAAGACUGAUGUCAAAAUGCCGGGGGUCACAGCAGGGUCUACGAAGUAG